AUGGCUGGUACAUUUUUAUUCACUUCUGAAUCCGUCGGUGAAGGUCAUCCAGAUAAGAUCUGUGACCAAGUCUCCGACGCCAUCUUAGAUGCCUGUUUGGCCGAAGACCCUCACUCCAAGGUUGCCUGUGAAACCGCGGCAAAAACAGGUAUGAUCAUGGUCUUCGGUGAAAUUACCACCAAAGCACAGUUGGAUUACCAAAAAAUUGUCAGAGACACCAUUAAACAAAUUGGUUACGACGAUUCCGCCAAGGGAUUCGACUAUAAGACCUGUAAUGUUCUUGUUGCCAUUGAGCAACAAUCUCCAGACAUCGCUCAAGGUGUCCACGAGGAGAAGGAUUUGGAAGAUAUCGGUGCCGGUGACCAAGGUAUUAUGUUUGGUUACGCCACAGACGAAACUCCAGAGGGACUACCUUUGACUAUUCUUUUGGCUCAUAAAUUAAACAUGGCCAUGGCUGACGCCAGAAGAGAUGGUUCUUUGGCGUGGUUGAGACCAGACACCAAGACCCAAGUCACCGUCGAAUACAAGGAUGACCACGGUAGAUGGGUUCCGCAAAGAAUCGACACCGUUGUCGUCUCCGCCCAACAUGCUGACGAAAUCACCACCGAGGACUUAAGAGCGCAACUAAAAUCCGAGAUUAUUGAAAAAGUCAUCCCUAGAGAUAUGUUGGAUGAAAACACCAAAUACUUUAUCCAGCCUUCCGGUAGAUUCGUCAUCGGUGGCCCUCAAGGUGACGCUGGUUUGACCGGUAGAAAAAUCAUUGUUGAUGCUUACGGUGGUGCCUCAUCCGUCGGUGGUGGUGCCUUCUCCGGUAAGGACUACUCUAAGGUUGAUCGUUCCGCCGCUUAUGCCGCCAGAUGGGUAGCCAAGUCCCUAGUCGCUGCUGGUCUAUGUAAGAGAGUUCAAGUUCAAUUUUCUUAUGCCAUCGGUAUUGCCGAACCAUUAUCCUUGCACGUUGACACCUAUGGCACCGCUACCAAGUCCGACGAAGAAAUUAUCAACAUUAUUAGCAAGAACUUUGACUUGAGACCUGGUGUAUUGGUCAAGGAGUUGGACUUGGCUAGACCAAUCUACUUGCCAACCGCUUCUUAUGGUCAUUUCACAAACCAAGAAUACCCAUGGGAAAAGCCUAAGACUUUGAAGUUCUAA